AUGCCGAUCGCCGACGAUGUCUUCUUGCUCGCAUUCUCGAUUUUGCCCUCAUUGCUGCGCUUGUACUGGGUGCUGUGCACCAUGGCUGCAGUACUGGCGCUGCUGCCCCUACCCGGCCUCGCUGGCUUCAGGGCUGCAGUAAUCUUGUCGGCGUGCCGUGGGAAGCUUGUAGACAUGAAGCCCCACAAGGCCUUUGGUCCACUGUCGGUGUCCCUGCUGGCAUUGUGCCUGCUGGAAGUCCACCUUGUGCGGAGAUACCUUGAGACGGUGCUCAUCAUGCAGUAUCCUCCCAAUGCCCGCAUGCACGGCAUAGCAUACCUAUAUGGGAUCAGCUACUACCUGGUCGUCCCAGCUACCCUUGUGCCCCUAGCGCUCCUCCAAAGGUUGGCAGACGGGGGCUUGGAGAGCCUCCUAGGAAGGGGAGCAAUGAUGGGCGCCCUCCCGUCUGCACUUGAGGCGACGCUUGCGAGGCUCAGUGCUCUGCAGUGGCUGGGUGUGCUCGCCUUUGUCGCGGGGAACUUGUUGCAGCUCCAUUCGCACCGGCUGCUGGCAAACCUUUCUCGGGGCACCCAAAGCGGAACAUAUCGCAUCCCACGAGGUGGCCUCUUUAAGCUGGUGUCCUGCCCGCACUACCUGGCAGAGAUCGUCAUCUAUUCCGGCCUGGGGCUGCUCAUCGGGGCGCAACGCCCCCUGGCCUGGCUCAUUCUGGCCUGGGUGGCAGCGAACCUGGUCCUCGCAGCUGGGAUGACGCAGGCGUGGUACAGGCGACGCUUCCCCAGCUACCCCAGCAGGCGCAAGGCCCUGUUCCCCUGGCUGUACUGA